AUGGUCCAGCGCCACACUCCCUCUCUUUCCACCCUCUACCCCGACCUCCUCGGCGCUCUACUCCUUAGCGCGAUCUCCGCUCCCACCAUCUUCGUCCCCACCACCUUCCAGGAAGCUAUCACCUGCCCUGACGCUGACAAGUGGAUAGCCGCUAUCUUCCUGGAAUGUGAGGCGUUCAUCCGCAACGACUCCUUUAUCGACGUUCCCCUUCCCCCUGACGCCAACCUUGUCGAGGGCAAGUGGAUCUUUCGAGUCAAACAGCUGCCGGGAGAGGAACCAGUCUACAAAGCCCGCUAUGUUGCUAAGGGGUUCACCCAGACCUGGGCUGAGGACUACUGGUUCACAUUUGCCCCCACCCUCAGGCAAGCCACCCUACGCACCCUUAUGGAUAUCGGUGCGCGGGACGACAUGGAGAUUGACUCCAUGGACGUCUCCAACGCUUUCCUGCAAGGUGAACUGCACGAACGCAUCUUUCUCCGCCGACCUCCCGGGUUCCAUGCUACGUUCCCCGACAACACCGUCUGGCAGCUGAAGCGACCGGUCUACGGCCUGAAGCAGGCACCACGAGAAUGGCAUGCGAAGCUGUCUGCUACUCUCCAGUCCCUUGGCUUCUCCCCCUCCCACUCCGACGCCAGCCUCUUCAUCCGCUCUUCCCCCAGUCGCUUCUUCAUCUCGGUCUACGUCGAUGACAUGAUCCUGCUCGCUGACACCAGGACUGACAUGGAUCAAGUGAAACGGUCUCUUCAGGAACGUCUCAAGUGCAAGGACCUUGGUCCACUACAGAACUACCUCGGCAUGGCUAUCACUCGUGAUCGAUCCGCCCGCACCAUCACCCUCUCCCAGUCCCACUACAUCGGCCAGGUCCUGGAAAAGUUCGAGAUGGCACAAGCCAAACCAGUCUCCACACCCCUCCCCUUCGGUCACCAGCUUGCGCCACCCACCUCCCCCUCCACCUCCUCCCGGCCCUACGCCGAGCUUGUUGGGUCACUGAUGUACGCAAUGAUGUGCACUCGUCCCGACCUCGCCUACCCUGUCAGCGUCCUUGCUCGAUUCGUCGGCCCCGGCCGCCACACUGAGGAACACUGGACUGCCGCCAAGCGAGUCCUCCGCUAUCUUCGUGGCACCAGGGACCACGCUCUCACACUGGGUGGAUCUUCCCCCCCCCUUCUCUCUGGCUUCAGCGACUCCUCCUGGGCAGACUGCCAGCCAGACCGCCGCUCCUCCCAAGGCUAUGGCUUCACCCUCGGCAGCGGCCUCAUCAGCUGGCGCUCUACUCGCUCCUCCGCCAUCGCCCUCUCCUCCUGUGAAGCUGAGCUCUAUGCUGGCACCAUGGCCGCGCAAGAGUCCCGCUGGCUCUGCUUCCUCCUAGCUGAGCUUGGUGUUCCCCAGCGCUGCCCCACCCUCUGGUGUGACAAUGCCAGCACCAUCCAUCUCACCCAAGACCCUGUCUUUCACGGUCGCUCCAAGCACAUUGAGCUCCGCUAUUUCUUCAUCCGUGACCUUGUCCAACAGAAUCUCAUCGCCGUUCGCAAGAUCGCCGCUGAAGCCAACCUGGCAGAUAUCUUCACCAAAGCACUUCUUCGCCCUGCGCACUCUGCUCUUCUUCGCCUCAUCGGCCUCGCUUCCCCGGGCGCGCCUUGA